CAGGGCCGGCGCCGACGAAGAACAGACACUGUCCGCUCAAAACUUCCGUAGCAUGAGCCAUUGUGACGAUUGCUUUAAAGCUGUCCGGCAUGAGGGCACUCCGGAAGGCAAAAUUGAGACAAUCGGCGGAGUUGAGUGCUAUGUGGCCACUCCUUCGGGCGAAUGCCCUAAGAACAAGGUCCUUCUAUUCCUCUCCGACGUAUUUGGGCUCGCGUUAGUGAACAACAAGCUGCUCGCCGAUGACUUUGCUAGGAACGGCAUCAAGACAAUCAUUCCGGACUACUUCGGUGGUGACCCCAGGAUCCCGGACGCAGACGAGCGCACAUUCAGUCGGGAGGAAUGGCUGAGCAGACACGGUCCCGAACAGACACGUCCGUACCUCGAUAAGGUGAUAGCGGCCCUCAAGGAGCAAGGCGUUACUGAUUUUGGAGCCGCUGGGUACUGCUUCGGCGCUCCCUACUGCUUCCAGCUCGCGUAUGAGGGAAUAGCGAAGGCCGUCAUGGUCGCGCACCCUUCUCGUCUUCAGAUCCCCAGCGAUCUCGAGAAAUACUUGGAGCUAUCCAGAGCACCGCUCUUGAUCAACUCCUGCGAGAUCGACCCGAUGUUCCCGCCGGAGACACAGGCGAAGGCUGAUGAAAUCCUUGGUGGGGGAAAGUUCAAGCCCGGAUACGAGAGGUUGUAUUGGGAAGGGUGCACGCACGGCUUUGCGGUCCGUGGUGAUAUGAGUAAUCCGAAGGUCAAGGCUGGAAAGGAGGGUGCAUUCAAGAGCUCCGUCGAGUUCUUUAAGAAGUAUCUGUAUUGACGACGGCGAAGUUGGUAACUCUUCCUGAGUAUUCGGACGCCAGGGCUCCGGAUACUAAUGAUAUGACCCGAGCCUCGUGAAUGAGCGUGAAUGUAGACGCGUCUGU